GGGCGUCUUCCCUCCCAGGAAAGAGACGUGCACUCAGGCUUGAUGGGGCCGCUUCUGAUCUGUCGCGCUAACACGCUGAACCCUGCCCACGGGAGACAAGUGACGGUGCAGGAAUUUGCUCUGUUUUUCACUAUUUUUGAUGAGACCAAGAGCUGGUACUUCACUGAAAACGUGGAAAGGAACUGCAGGGCUCCCUGCAACAUCCAAAUGGAGGACCCCACCUUUAAAGAAAAGUAUCGCUUCCACGGAAUCAAUGGCUAUGUGAUGGACACUCUGCCCGGCUUGGUAAUGGCUCAGGAUGAAAGGACCCGCUGGUACCUGCUCAGCAUGGGCAGCAAUGAAAACAUCCAUUCUGUUCAUUUCAGCGGACACGUGUUCACUGUACGGAAAAAAGAAGAGUAUAAAAUGGCAGUCUACAACCUCUACCCAGGUGUUUUUGAGACCGUGGAAAUGCUACCAUCCAAAGCUGGAGUCUGGCGAGUAGAGUGCCUCAUUGGGGAACACCUGCAGGCUGGGAUGAGCACGCUUUUUCUGGUGUACAGCAAGAAGUGUCAGACUCCACUGGGAAUGGCUUCCGGACGCAUCAGAGAUUUUCAGAUUACAGCUUCAGGACAAUAUGGACAGUGGGCCCCAAAGCUGGCCAGACUUCAUUAUUCCGGAUCGGUCAAUGCCUGGAGCACCAAGGAUCCCUUUUCCUGGAUCAAGGUGGACCUGUUGGCACCAAUGAUUAUACACAGCAUCCUGACCCAGGGUGCCCGUCAGAAGUUCUCCAGCCUCUACAUCUCCCAGUUUAUCAUCAUGUAUAGUCUUGAUGGAAAGAAGUGGCAGAGUUAUCGAGGGAAUUCCACUGGGACCUUAAUGGUCUUCUUUGGCAACGUGGACUCAUCUGGGAUAAAACACAAUGUUUUUAACCCUCCAAUUAUUGCUCGGUACAUCCGUUUGCACCCAACACACUACAGUAUCCGCAGUACUCUUCGCAUGGAGUUGAUGGGCUGUGAUUUAAACAGUUGCAGCAUCCCACUGGGAAUGGAGAAUAAAGCAAUAUCAGAUGCACAGAUUACUGCCUCAUCCUACUUAAACAAUAUGUUUGCCACCUGGUCUCCUUCACAAGCCCGACUUCACCUCCAGGGGAGGACUAAUGCCUGGAGACCCCAGGUGAAUAACCCAGAAGAGUGGCUGCAAGUGGACUUCCAGAAGACAAUGAAAGUUACAGGAAUAGCCACCCAGGGAGUGAAAUCUCUCCUUACCAGCAUGUAUGUGAAGGAGUUCCUCAUCUCCAGUAGUCAAGAUGGCCAGAACUGGACUCUGUUUCUUCAGAAUGGCAAAGUAAAGGUUUUUCAGGGAAAUCAAGACUCCUCCACACCCGUGGUGAACUCUCUAGACCCACCGCUACUGACUCGCUACCUUAGAAUUCACCCGCAGAGCUGGGGGCACCAGAUCGCCCUGAGGCUGGAGGUUCUGGGCUGCGAGGCACAGCAGUUGUACUGGCAUGAUGGGAAAUAA